AUGGAAUCUUCCUUGAUAGGUGGAAACCAGGUCUCCCGGCACGGCUAUUAUUCUGACGCUGCUUCUAUACGUGCUGGAAGCGAAUCUGAGACGCUCUGCCCCAGAUCUCUUGAAUUGCAAGGCAUGGCCGGCGUGGCCGAGAUGGCCAGGUCCUUAUCCAAAUACCCAUUCUCCUCCCCCAAGACAAUAGCCACUGCAAAUCAUAUAUAUGGCAGGCAGGAAUCCUUUCUUUGCCCUUCCCCCCCACCGGACCAUCUGGAUGUGGACAAUAGCAGCACCAACAGCAGCCUGACCGACCCCCCUUCAUCGACGCCCGCUGCCGCCUCUUACACCUGCGUUCCCAAUUCGCCUCCACUCGACCCUGGCGACAUUAUGAUUCAAAACGGCAGCAUGGCCGCCUCUUUUGGCACUCCAUCAACGCACUUUGCUCCUACGCCGCUACUUCUUGCAUCACAGACACCUUCUUCUAGCAGUUGCAGCAGCAACAGCAGCAACAGCAGCAGCAGUAGUACGCAUUAUUGUGCCCCAAUAAUGGAUACCUGCCGCGCCUCCUACCACACCCAACACUCCCAUCACUCUCACCACCAACUCCUAUCAUCCUCCACCAUGGACCAACAAUUCCAUAGCCCCUCCCCUUUCUCUCAGAGCAGCAUGAUGGAUGAUGGUUAUGCCUCAUCUGAUCUACCUUCUGAUCAACAAAGCUCCUCUGGUUCACAGAAAAACGAGGAGCCCUACGCACAACUCAUAUACAAGGCCUUUAUGAGCCGCCCUGGGCACUGCAUGUCCCUCCAAGACAUCUACCAAUGGUUCCGCGACAAUACAAAAAAGGCCACGAGCGAGAAAGGAGGCUGGCAAAACAGCAUCCGCCACAACCUAUCUAUGAACGCAGCAUUCACAAAGCGAGAAAAGCAGCCCCUCGACGGCUGCAGCCCUAGGUCAGAGGCCAAAAGAUCGACUGAGUGGGUGUUGGAGGCAUGGGCAGUGGCCGAUGGAGUGCAGAGCACGACGAGAUAUCGCAAGGGCACAGCUGCCCGGCGAUGCGGCUCUACGCAGCAGUCUGACGACCAUUUGGAAUAUGGUCGGCGAUCUUCAAGGUCCAUCCUCAAUGCCUCACGAGCACAAUCAGGCCGAAAGGGCGGGCGUGCCGCUUCAAGGCUGAGCCGGCGUGGGAACCAAAAAUAUGGAGAGCAUCUUGACUUGACGCCACCAACACAUCCCACGCUAGAGCAACACCGAGGAGCAGCCCCAUCGAGCCUCCACGACUACGCAGACCACCAAGCCCAAAUGGGCGGAUUCCACGCCGGAGCAGGGUUGCCAACAAAUGCAACCGCCAGCAUGACUCCACGCAAGUACGAAGACCACCACAUGAGGGGCGGUCCGGACAGCAUUGGCUUCCCGGCCACAAGCGGCGCUGGUGCUGCUGCGGCGGCGGCGUGGGACGUCUAUCCGUCGGCAGCAACAGCCUACUACAGCCACAACCAACACCAACACCACCACCAAGCGGUGCCCUAUCCCUACCACGGCGGCCGGGUCGACAUGCAGCAUGUACUCUACUCGGAUACCGGGCAUCACCCGGCUGGACCGCCUUUUGCAACAGAGCCUCUCUUUUCCAACAUGCAAGACGCAAUGUGCGAUUUGAGUCGCACCGGGGUCUAG